UAAAAUAUAUGUUUGAUAUUUAAAUAAAUAAUAAUAAAAACAGGAAAGCUUUUUACUUCAAAGAACACCAUGACCCGAAUAAGGAGAAUUGAAUAGCUCCAAAUAUCAAUCUGUUGUGGUCAAAUCUCUGAGCAACCGCAGUGUUUACCUUCGCAGCCAUGACGGAGAGCAGCGAACAAGUGGAGUUAAGACGCUCAAACUCACUUCUUGAGCUGGAGAACGAGAUGUUUGAGAGCUUCCUGAGUCGGCUGGAUUCUCUCAAACUGGACUCCCAGCCUGCGUACCAGAUGGAGACAGGAGCGGUAAAUCAUGAAACGAAACCCGAAAGCAGCGAAACAUCUCAGGAGCUACCAAACGUCCUGAAGGUGGAACUGAAGUAUUACAUUGCAGUGUGCGAGCUGGAGAAGAUGAGGAAAGAGCAGCACAGCACACGUUCAGCACCAGUAUAUAACGCCAAAUAUUAUAAGUCUUCUAUAGAGGACUCUGAAAGGCGGCUGGCAGAGAUCAAGAGAGAGAGACAUGACUUUGAAGAGUUUGUUGCUGAAGCACAACAGACAACACUGGGCCAGUCGCAGAGGGCACAGAAGGUAAUCCAGUACAUCGAGCGUGACAUAAAAACUAAGAAAGCUCUGACAGAGAGGAUGCGUAGAAGAAACAGAUUUCUGCAGAUGCAAACCAUGAAGCAGCGGCAGCACUCGGUGAAUCAGAAGGAACAGAUGCAAGAGACGGUAUGCCCGAUCAACUUGGAACACCUGAAGCAAAAAAACACACAGUCCGAGGAGCUUCUGCAAAAAUCCCAAGAGCAAGUGCAAUAUCAAAGAGCGCUGCUUCGAAAGAAUCAGCAAGGCCUGAACGCUUACCAGGAGCGGCUCAAGAAGGAAAUGCAGAAGUCGGAAUUACUGAGCAAAAAAAUCACCUCACACGAAGAAAAACUGUCGAAGAUCAGAGAGCAACAGCAGAAGGCCGAGAAGGAGCGAGCUCAAGCUGAGGUGCUGAACAAGAAGCUGAAAACCCGGUUGGCCAAUUUCCGUGUCCCUGAUGUCAUGAAAUACAUUGAGGCCAAGACCACAAACGAUCGGCUCAGGCAGACUGUCAAGACCUUGGAGCGCAAGGAGAGGAUUGCUCAAAUGGCAUCAAAGACCAAGAAAACCAGCACAGAGGAUCAUCAGGCUGCCGAAAGCGCGAUGACCACUGAUCAACCGAAAUGGACUUGUACACCAUCCUGCAGGGGUGCGAGCUACUUUUAAAAUGCCCAAAUCAAAAUCAUCUACCUACGAGAUUCUAAGUAAUUAUAUAUAUAUAUAUAUAU